CGCAACAAAUACCUAUUUCUCGAGCUUAAUAAUCUUGACAAGUAAAGUUUGUUACAUCGUCACACUUAAAAUUUGAGAAAAUUACCUUUCAACCUUUACUUAAUUUACAACGUUGGGACAAUUGGGAACAUUCUUCUGACGUAAUGGUAGGAUACACUACGAUCUACUGUUUCUUUUCUACCAUUGUCAAACGAACAAAAAUACAUCACGCGGCUCACCUUUCAAUUGUGUUGUUUAUCUCGCGCAGUUGUUAUUUUCAUUAAAUUGCGUCUCAAGUAAAAAAAAGUGUGAAACUAACUAAUGUGAUUACAUUGGAAAUUGUGAUGUCGAAUGAAAAAGUUUAGUCGCGUUAGUACUAAAUAAAAUAAAAAAAAUGCCUGUGACACUAGUGGACAGGUUGCCCUUGCCGAAUCUCAAGGUGUACACGGCAGGAAGUGUAGCACUGCUGGCAGUGGCGGUGUACCAUGCAUUCGGAGCAACGAGCGACCCGGCAUGGCGCGCCAACGCCACGCUGCAGCGUGCGGAGGCGGCUGGCGUGGAAACAGACCCUGGCGGGGCGGUGUCAGCUGCGCUGGAAGCCAACGCUACCGCUGCGCGAAACCUCACUGAGCAGGUCGUGGACGUGAUGACCUUCAUGAUGCAGGAGCCGCUCUGCAUGUGGACGCUGAUCAACAUGAGCUACUGCUGCCUGGCGGUGUUCGCGUGCGCGAUCCAGCGCGCGGUGUUCGGCGCGCUGCGCGUGGCGGAGGCGCAGCGCGUCAAGGACAAGCUGUGGAACUACGUGUUCUAUAAGUUUAUCUUCGUGUUCGGCGUCGUCAACGUGCAGUACAUGGACGAGGUGCUGCUCUGGUGCUGCUGGUUCACGCUCGUUGGCUUCCUGCACCUGCUCGCGCACCUCUGCAAGGACCGCUUCGAAUAUGUGUCGUCGUCGUCGGAGGGCGGCGCGGGCGGGGCGGGCGGCGGCGGCGGCGCGGUGCGGCGGCUGGUGUGGCUGGUGGCGGGCGUGGCGGGCGGCGCCGCCGCGCUGCUGGCCGCCGCCGCCGCCGCGCCGCUGCCCGCCGGCCGGCACACCGUGGCCUUCAUGGCUGCUGAGUGCGUGCUAGUGCUGCUAUCGUCGUUACACGUGCUGGCGCGGCACCUGCUGCAAGUGUACGAAGCGGACGCGGCCGGCCCGCUCGCCUACUAUACGCAUCUUGUGUUUGACUCAUUGUGCCUGGUGGUGGAGGCAGGCGACGUGGUGCACAUGGUGUGGUGGUGCCGGCUGGGCGUGUCGCUGCCGGCGCUGGUGCUGCUGCUGCAGCUGCGGCACCUGCUGGCGCGGCUGCGCACCCGGCUGAGGCGACACCGCCUCUACACCGCGCUCGCCAACCACAUGAGCCAGAACUACCCGAUGGCGAGCAAGGAAGAAGUGGAGAAGAACCAGGACAACUGCGCCAUCUGCUGGGAGCCCAUGAAGGAAGCGCGCAAACUGCCCUGCAGCCAUCUCUUCCACAACUCGUGCCUGUGCCAGUGGGUGCAGCAGGACGCGUCGUGCCCCACGUGCCGCCGGGCGCUGCGGGCCGCGCCGCCCGCCGCCCCGCGCCCGCCCCAGGGCCUGGCGGCGCUGGUGCAGGACCACGCCCAGCACAACCAGCUGUUCCACUUCGACGGCUCCCGCUACGUGUCGUGGCUGCCCUCGUUCUCGGUGGAGGUGACCCGCGCGCGCCCGCCCGCGCUCUCCGCCGCACACCUCGACUCCAUGGCUAGACAGGUGCAGCAGCUGUUCCCGCAGUACCCGCUGGGCGCGCUGGCGGCCGACCUGGCGGCCACGCGCUCGGCCGACGUCACCGUCAACAACAUCCUGGAGGGCCGCCUGCCGCCGCCCGCAGACCCCGCCCCCGCCCCCGCCCCCACCGCCGCGCCCGCGCCCGGCCCCGCCGCGCCCGCCCUCACCGUCACGGCGCUCCUCGCCACUGAUCGCAGGCAAUACGAUCCCGGCAGCGCGCAGGCGGGUGCGGCGGCGGUGGGGGCGGGGGGGGGGGCGGGGGCCCUCAGGGCGCUGCGGCCCGUGCCCGGCGCCGCGCGCGACGCCGCCACCUCCACGCACGCGCGGCCCAGCCUGCCCAACGUGGCCUACGACGACCGCACGGAGGUGGAGCACACGAGCACGAAGUUCUCGAUGGACGCGGGCGAGCGCGAGCUGCAGCUGCAGCGCCGCAAGGAGGAGCUGAUCCAGUCGGCGCGGCGCCGCUACCUCGACAAGCUGCAGGCGGCGCCGCCCGCGCCCCCCGCGCCGCGCAGCUGAGUGCCCCCGCACCGCAGCCGCCGCCCCCCGCGCCGCCUGCGCCGCCCCCGCCUGCCCGCCUUCGGCCGCCGCCGCGCCCCGUUCCGGUACCCGCCGAUGUUCCGCUAGAUUGUCGUCGACGCCGGGGGUACGACAGUCGCCCGGCCCCUGCUCGACCUCACGAUGAAAAUUGUUCCGAUGUGGCUUCGAUCCCGGCGCCCGCCGAGGACGCGACAUUAUGAAUAGUAAGAGAGAGUGUAACUAAGUUGUAAGGUUGUAUUUAUGAUUGUUUUGUGUCCGAGUAUCGUGACAUUUACGGACGUAGACGUGCGCGAGGAACCAUAUGUUUGAAAUUAUGUGACCGUUUGGUUAACGCCCCCGGUGAAACUUGUUGUCGAGACGGCUCGACAUUGCCGCGUCUGAGGCGCCGAAUGUACAUCUCUUGAGAUAACAAACGUACGAAGUGAUUACUAAACGAUUUAGGAAGGUAAUAUUUUAAUUAUUUUUUUUACUUUACAUGUUUUAGAAUUUAGAAAUUGUUUCACUAUUUGUGAUAUUUUUAUUAGAGUUUCUAAUUUAUGUCCUACAUAGCCGCUACAGGACGUCGACUCCUGCCGUUACUGCGAGUGUCAGACAACACUCGAGACUUGUACUCCACGUGACCAAUUGGCGGUAAACUUUUGUAACGUUUUAAAUUUCGAAAGAGCCUUAUUAGCGGUUAUUUUGUAGUAGCAAACUAUUUUUUUAAUAUAAUAACUAAGAAAGUAUUUUUGUAUAUAACAAAUUGUCGACACACUUGCGGUCGGGUCGUCCUCCAGCUGCGCCAUGCCGCCCUACGUGUCGCGGACGACAUCUUGUCAAUUGCAUAUUUUUAUAACGGAUACAGAUAUCGCGUGUUAAAUCGGUGCAGACAAUUUCUUUGUUUUCACUAUAUAAAUAGUCCUGCGUGUGGGAACUUUGAAUGUCACCUUUAGCACCAAAUAAUAAUCUUUGUUUUUCCCCUAAUUGUCUAACUUUACCAUUUUAGCUACUGUUAUAGUGUUAUGUAAAAAUUAUGUUGUAAUUGUAACACACUUUGAAAUGUACUUACAUUUGUUUGUAGUGGCGAGUGAAAUCCACCCGAGUGGUCAAGUAUUUAUAUGAAACCUGAGUAUAAAACAAAGUAAGUACUUAUUUUGGUGGCGACUCUGUUAUUUUAUGAGCAGCAAGCUUUGGAUAUAAUGAUUACAUUAAUGUAGUAAUAUUGUUGUUACACUUUGAAUAAUAAUAAUGAUUCAUGACUAGUCAAAAUAAAAAUUAUACAAUGUA